AACAUAGAUUCCUUCUCUAAAUGGUAUAUUAACAUCGAUAGGAAAUGAAUUAGAGAAUGCCUGGAAAUGAGUCAUAAAAAUUAAUAAAUUUGUUUCCGUUAAUAAAUAAAAUAAAUUGUCUGAACUGAAUUUUUCGAGCGCAAUAUCUGACCUUCACAGGCGUUUUGCAAGGUGCUCUUGUUUACAGUAGUUUGGGUUUCCUGAUGCAUGUGAUAGAAGGUAUUGUUAUCGUCAGUGUCGUCGAUUAUCGAUGGUGUGAGUGAUGCAAGUGUGUUUUCAUGUCUACUAAAUCUCGACCUGCAAUCUCGCGUUUUCAGAUAAAAUUUAAAGCCCUGAAAGUGAGAAGUUCUAGGAACGUUUGUGAAGAACGUUUAGCAUGUAAAGGUAUCAAACCGUAUGCAACGUUUACAUGCAGUGAAUGUGGGUCUAAUCAAUGUGAAGAGUGUGAAGCUUUGCUCCACGAAGAUUUUCGUUUAAAUUUACACUCUAGGCAAUUGAUAACUGGACCAUCUGCAGAAGAAUUGUGUGAAGGAGAUUGUAAAGACCGAAAUUAUGCAGAUGUGACAUGUUCUUCUUGUGGUUGUAACUACUGUUACGUUUGUGAUCACAUCUUUCAUUCACAAGGAAAACAGAACCACCAGAGAACAAAAUUUGUAUCUCAGAACGAGGAAUUCCUUUCAUGCGAAGAAAUUCCUGAAGAAUGCUUACCUGUUACUGAAGAAGCUGAUAUUGCAAAUGAAGCAGAGAACGAUAUGUUAAAUUUAGAUGAAAUGUUCUCUUUAAAUUCCAACGGCAGUGAUAUUUUACCUGAUUUAUUCCCAGAGCAUGAAAUUGAAGCAAAGUAUAAUUAUAAUAAAUGUAAUAAAGACAGUAAACAAAUUAAAAGUUUCUUACUUAUAAAUGAGAAAGAAAUUUUGCAGGUCGGAGAUGGAGAGCAGUUUAUAUCAAAUCUUGGUUGUGGCAACACUCAGCUAAAAGUUGUGUCCAUUUUUGGUAAUACAGGGGAUGGAAAAUCUUACACAUUAAAUCAUACAUUUUUUGAUGGCAGGGAAGUAUUUCAGACGUCAUCAGCUCAAGAAUCUUGUACUGUAGGUGUAUGGGCAGCUUAUUGUCCUUCUUUAGGAAUAAUUACUAUAGAUACUGAAGGAUUCUUAGGACAGGCAUCAAAUCCUAAUUUGAGAGCUCGUAUGCUUUUGAAAGUUUUAGCAAUCUCUGAUGUUGUGAUCUAUCGAACACGUGCUGAACGUCUUCACAAUGAUAUGUUUUCCUUUCUUGGUGAUGCCUCAGCAGCCUAUACGAAGCAUUUCUCUCAGGAGUUAGAAGAAGCAUGUGCUCGCUUUCAUGUAGAUGGGCCAAUGUCGAUAUUAGGACCAUCUGUCAUUAUAUUUCAUGAAACACAACAUACUAAUGUUCUUUCCAAAAAUGAUAGUGUAGAACCUGAAUUAAUUUUACGAUCCAGAUUUCAAGAACUUGGUUUAAAAGUAGAUGCAUUCAGUAGUAUUGAAUAUUUAGGAACAUGUAGCAACUCUGGUCCAACUGAUUUUGUUCAACUGAGAAGGAGAGUUGAAAAACAUAUACAGAAUUCUGCUGUUCGAGUACCUCGAGCACCUGCUGUCAUUUUCAAAGUUUUAAAAGUUUUGAAUGAUAAAUUUUCUGGAAGAAUAGAGAAAUCUAUACCAAACACCUUUCCAGAUCAGUAUUUCACCUGUUCUGUUCAAUGCAAAUCAUGCAAGGCUCGAUGUUCAAAUAGUAUGAACCAUGAAAAGGAAGAUAUUUCUCACACAUCAAACAAAAACUGCAUUUACCAACAUCAGUAUGAAAAUCGAAUAUUUCUAUGCAAGACUUGUUUUGAACGGGGUGAAAAAAUGGAAGUUUCACCAAAAACAAUGGAAUCCAAUGAUUCAUCAUGGCUUGGAAUUGCAAAGUAUGCAUGGUCAGGAUAUAUAUUGGAAUGCACAAAAUGUGGAGUGAUAUAUCGUAGUCGUCAAUACUGGUAUGGAAAUCAGCACCCGUGGGAUACCUGUGUGAGAACAGAAAUAUGUCAUGUGUGGCCAAUGACUGAUGGCUCAAACUGUGAAGAGAAAAAUACAGCGCAAUAUGUUAUUGAUAAUUUGGCCACUGUAUCUGAAGUUGUUACUAAUAUUGGGGCCAAGCCAACUAAAGUUCUUUCCAGUUGGGUAGCUGACCAAAUAGCACCAUCUUACUGGAUCCCCAAUUCCCGAAUUUCUCAUUGUGGUCUGUGUGAAAAAUCCUUUGAAGGUCUUGAAAAAAAGCAUCAUUGUCGUGUUUGUGGUGGAGGUUUUUGUGAAGAUUGUGCAUCAAAAACUCGUGUUGUGCCAACAUGGGGUACUUCACCUGUGCGAGUGUGUAAUAAUUGCUAUACUGAUGAUUCUCUUCCAGAUAACUUGUCAAAUGUUCAGAAUCUACAUAAUCCCCCAGAAGUUACUGUUCGGAAGCUGGGAGAAGCUGUCCAUACAACUCUUGAAACUGUUGCUUCAGCUGUUAGUUAUCCUCUUGGAAUUAUAAAAGAUUCUGCCCGACCAUCCUAUUGGGUUCCUGAUCAUCUUUUGACUAAUUGCUAUGUGUGUAAUAAAGAAUUUGGUCCUAAGCUAUCCAAACACCAUUGCCGAUCAUGUGGAGAAGGAGUAUGUCAUGAAUGCUCUUUAUCUCAGAAACCUGUUCCUUCAAGAGGUUGGAAUUAUCCUGUGCGUGUGUGUAACACCUGCAUAAAAAAUAAUUUAGUUUAGAAAUGGAAAACUUUUGUGACAUAACUGCAUAGGAGCACUGACUGUAGAACCCUGAUUAUCUGAGGUAAUAUGGAUAGAUCUGCCUUAUGUAAUUAAAAACAUGAGUAAAAUGAAAAGCCACAUGUAUUUCAUAUUAAAAAUCACAGAUAUAAAAGAUUUUUGUGGCAUGGUGCCGCUUUUAACCUCUUUUUAUAUUUUAAUAAAUUUAAUGGCACAUAUAAAUGAAAUGUACAUUCACAUUAAUUUUUAUGGCACAUAAUUUAUUGUGUGGAUAAUAAGUACUGUAAAGAUUCAUGCAAGGCCCGGUGGCACAAUGGCUAGCUUGUCACGCAGGAACAACACAGGUCCAGGGUUUGAUACUCGGGCUGUGAAGAUUGAUUCAGCCUUUCAUCCCUUGAUUGGGUUAAUCAAAUGAGUGUCAAGUUUGCUUGGGACUAAGCACUGUCGCAGGACCCUGCAACAAGCUGACCACUUGUCCAGGGUAUAUACUGAGGCCCACAGUCAAGAAAGCAGAUAUCAAGGCAUUGCAGGCCAUGGCUCACUAAGGGUUGUUGCACCACUCACUUUAGUAAAAAAAAAAUUUAAAAAAAAAAAAAAAAAAGUUUAAAGCAUAUACAUUUUAAUAUGAAUGUAAAGUCUCCUAAUAUGUAAUAUUAUUUUAAACAUUCUUAAAUCUGUAGUGAACAAACUAGUCUUUAAUGCAUGCAGAAUGUAACAUUUGUAAUAUUUCAUUUGAGAUCAAGAGUUAUGUUGAAGGAGUGAGGAGUUAGUCAUACUUAUAUUUCAGCAGUCAUCAGCUCACCUACACUUGAUACUGUAUUUACGGAAAACUUCCUGUUACUUCUAAAAAGGCUAGUCUAUAACACUUACAGGUUUCUUGGAUCAUUCUGGUGUCUAGUUUUACUGUGUGUGAUAUGCAAAAGUUACUAGUGUAUAUGUAAAUUCAGAGGAAAUUAUCCAGAGCUGAAAGCUAAUUUUCUUUUUAGUUCGUCUACACCCAUCAGCUUCUGAAUUAUAAAUCUUUUAUUAGUAUUUUUAUUGGGCCUCUUUUAACUUGAACUACAAUAUCUAUAUAAUUUAAUUGCACAAGAUCUUUCAAUGGUCUGCAUCCAUAGAAUAUUGAAAAAGCCUUUUUUAAUGCAGCUUGUGCAUGUGAUUCAAAUAUGGGCACUUAGACAAGUAAGGAAGUUAUUGAAAGUAAUUGUGAUGUUCUUCAGAGCACUCUUGAACAACUUUUGCAUGAUAGAAUGAGUAAUUGUCAUCUGCAAAAUAUUUAUGAACUUUAUAUACCUAAAUAUAUGUUUGAUACUUCCUUCAGAACCUUAAACUAUAUGCACAUGACAAAACAGUUCAUUUGUUCAAGAGUUCCUGCCAAGCACUUUGAUGACAUAAUACAAAGUGGAAUGUAAUAUGAUUGAAACAUAAUUUAUUUCCUGUUCUUUAUAAUUCAUUCAAAUUUAUUCUUAUUAUUGUUGAAUCAAGUAUUCCUGUUUGCAGAAAUUUACCAUAUUCUUUUGAGCAUUUGAAUACAUUCUUUGAUAUUCCCUGCCCAUAGUGUGGUUUAGUAUGGGUUGCAGAAUAGCCAAUUUUGAAUGAAUUCUUCUUCUUUCCCCUCCCCAUCUAAAGUUUUUUUUUUUUUUUUUUUUUCCCUUUCUUCAGACAUUUAAAUAAUGUUCACCUCUUUGUUAUAACAUAUCUUUUGGGUGGUGAAGGUUAAUUAGACAGUAUGAAUUAGUUAUUUUACUAUACUAGGUCUUAUUCUUUGGAAAACUAAUUUUUUAAUUUUUUUAUUAAUUGCUAUGCUGUGAACUGACAAACUCUUUCAAGUUUUGAAAAAUCAUUUUAUUUUUAUCCAUUGUCAGAAAAUUAUUUUGAUUACUGGUAUGUAACACUUUUAAAUAGGUGCAAAGAUCAUGUAAUUAUAUUUGACGUUAUAUAAUUUACAUUAAUGCACAACAAGUGAUCAUUGCACUAAUUUGCAUAAAGGUUUCUAAAUUCAUUGGCCCAUGUGCAUGGAUAAUCUUUAGUAAGAGAUAUAUAAUUGCUCAUUUAGUGAGUCUAAAAGCUGAAAAUUUUUGCAUUGACAAGAAAUGUAAAUAUUCCUGUAAGAUAUUUUUAAACUCUGAAUAAAAGCCAAGUAAUGUCUAUACUUAAUUAUUGCUAUUAUAGAUCAUUCACAAGUGUUUGGUAGUUUUCUCAUAUAUGCAUGUGGAUCUGACUUUCUUUUUUAAUUUAUAUAUAUAUAUAUAUAUAUAUAUAUAUAUAUAUAUAUAGUUAAACCUUUUUUUUUUCUUUGUUCAUCAUGAAUUAAAAACAAAUAUAUUUUGUGGUAAAAUGGUAGUAGUUCCAGUUUUAUUUUUUCUAAUACUAUCAGAUACAAAUAUUAAUCUGAAUGUUAUGUACAUCUCUCACAUUUUAGCAAUUAAAUUUUAUAUUGUCAGUAGGAAAAGAUUUUAUAUUCCCAGUUUUUAAUGGUCUUUCAGGGAUUAAAAACAGUUAAUCUUGUGACAUGAGCCAUUUUUUAAAAAAUAUAUGAUAAUUAUAUUAAGUGCAUUUUACUUUUUCAGUGUUUAUUAUUUUUUUUAUUUUGAAGUAUUCUUAUUUAGACAGUUAUGUAGACCUACUGUAGAGAUUGUUAUGAAUAAUAAAAUAAUAACACAAAUAGUAAGAUGAUAUAAUUAUGAUCUGUAGUGCUAUAAAUAAAAUAGCUCUUUUAAUUAUGCUGCAUCUCUUUAAAAGUGUUUCUUUCUUUCUUUUUUUAUUGAAUGACUUAUAAUAAUGCUUUUUCAUGUCUGAGCAAUUAAUUGUAAUGCUCUGUAAUAAAAUUAAACAAUACUGUCUGCUAGUAGAUGUAAUUAAAUAUCUAGAAUUUUGUUUGGUUACUCUGUUAUACACUUUUCUUCUUGUCCUAUAUUUUACGUGUUCUUUCAAAGAAUGUAAAAUAAUGUAGUCUUAAUCCUGACUUUCGCAAUUAUUUUAAAAAUUUUUCAUGUAUAUAUGUUCCAGUUAAAAUCUGAUUUAAAAAGUGCAUUUUGAUCUAUUGUGAAAGAAUUAUGUUUUUGUAGCUAUUGAAGUUAACUUAUUAACUGAAGCUAUAUUUAAAAAAUGAAUCUUUGUAUUUAUGAAAGUGCCAGUUUUUUUAUUUGAAGGUAUUAAUAUCCUUUUCUUAAAUUUGUAUAUUAGAUAAUUUCUAACUCAUUUUUGACAUCAGAUUAGUAAUAAAGUAUGUACCUGCGUAAUCCUUCCUCACAAUCUGCCACCGAAAGUUUUGUUUUUUCUCAGUAGUGUAAAGUAUAUGAAUUUCCUUUAUCUUUGUUUUUACCGUAUGAUUUCUUAGAAUGCUUUCAUAGUUUCUCAUGCAUGAAAAAAAAAUGCUCUACUUUUAGGAUAUGUAUUAACUGAAACCUUAGUUUGCUAGCAUAAUUCAUUCCAAAAACACGCUUUCGCUCCAAAGCACUCAUUCUUCAAAGUAAAUUUCCAAGUAAGAAAUAACAGAAAUUAAAGUGAUUUGUUCAGCAACCCAGAAAUAUUUAUAUAAAAUAAUAAAUAUAAAAUACAAAAUAAAAGUAAAAUUAAAUUAGCCUGAAAAGAGUCGUGGCUAACUAGUGCAUAAAUUGGUACCUGUUGGUUCUUUCCCUCCCCCCCCUCCCUGUGCGACAAGAAACCUAGCCAGUGACAGUUGCUUUUGCCUUCUUUUGAGAAUUUCUCUCACCAGCAACUGUGUGAUAAAAUUGCUGAAUUCUGGUAGUUCAGUGUGAAUUCGAGUAUUCCUGAAUAAAAGUAGCAUUGUAUUAACAUCCUUAAAGAUACAUUUUUAUCAAUAAGUGGCAGCUCAUGAAUAAAUCUAUCAGAUUCAAAUCUGAGGUUGCAAUCAGACCUCGGAUAUGAAUUUCAAAUAAAUUUCCUCUCAGCGGAAUUGAAAGUUUUCCUGUGAUUUAUUUACAAGACUUUAUUGAUGAUCUUUAGGUUGAUUAGGAUGUGGGAAUGAUUUUUCUGAAAUGACCAGGGAGUAAAUUUUGCUCCCUUAGUCACCUCAAAAUGUCACUGAAAUAGCACUUUGGUAUAAAGCUUUGAGAAUUUUUAAAAGCCCUGCUAAUCUUUGAGUGUGAGUAUUUGAGUGAAAUUGAGAGAAUUCGAAUUUAAUGAACUCAGAUUCCUUCAGCAAAUUGUUUUAAAAGCCUGGAGGAUGAACGAGAUCAUUAUAUAUAACCACCAAGGCUUUCGGCAGAAGCUCCCUUUCGAAAAGAUAUUUAUUCAUUACAUAAUUAGAGACCAUAAUGAUACCUAAUGAACAAGAUUACGAGUCUUGCUAUUGGAGUUAAUAAUAUUUAAUUGGCUGUUCUGCAUUUGCAUUUCUUGAAAGUUCGUGGAUUCACAGGUUGAUAUGUGAAUAAAGGAUUGACUUUUAAAUCCCCUAGAAAAUAAUAAGAGACUGGGGUGGUCUUAUAUGAAUUUCCAUGAGACUUGCCAUUGUGUAGGUAUUCAUCUUUUUUCCAAAAAGACAGCAUCUAAUCACAAUUAAAAACUUCCUGCGGAAGAUAACACUCGAAAAACAUGAACUUAGGGAGCCUGGCAGCAAAUGCCUUAGGUACCGAAUUUGCAAUUUCUCCAUGCCUUACUACAUGUUUUAAAAAUACUAGAUUAUCCCUUGCUUACUUUGAUUUUUUAUCAGUGUAUUUGUUAGUUAACUUAAGAAGUAAAUGUACAAGGCCUUUUUGUAGGAAAAGCUCUUCGACUUCAAUAAAUAACUUACUAAUAUUAGUAUUACUUGCAGGUUGCUUCUUGUUCAUUCACUAGAAAAACAACUUUUCUAUAUCUUCCAGAACGUGUGAUUAUUGCUUUCACACUCCUGUGGCUACUUUUACUACAUUAUUUCUUAAUUUUUCUGUAAUAUUGAGCAAACCAUCAAUGUAGACUCAUUAUAAAAUUAUGCAAUUUCAUUACUCUUGCAUACCAUUCAUGUGUCAGAAUGAUGUCCUUCUUAACUGCCUUCCUUUUUUUCACCACUUUUCUUUAUGGACGCUAAUGUUGCAAUACAGUUGCUAAAGGGCACUUACAUAUAAAAUAAAAAGAAGUGCUUUUUGCACAUAUAUGAUCGCAAUACUAUAGUAAGCAGUAUAUAUUCAUAUGGUUAUUGAUUGUGCAUGUUAAGCAUGCCAACUGAGACUGAGCAUGGGAAAUGAUUAUCUAUAAACCCUCAGCAAGAGAUGGAGUAGAUAUAUUAACAGGGCUGUAAUCGCAAGCUCAGCAAACAAAACAAGACAUAUUACUCUCUGUGUUCAUUAACAUUUUACUUAUCUUGUGAAAUACUUGCAUUCCAAGGUUUCAUUUUAUAUUAAAUUCAUAUCAUCAAGAAAGCUUUGUUAUACUGAUUCUUUAUUUAUUGUACGAAAUAAUUUAAUUAUGUUUUAAGUGUAAAUAUCAUUUACAUGCUCAUACUUUCCACAACAGCUCGAAUGUUAUUUGGAUUGUGGAAAGCAGGAUUGUGUAAUUUUAAUCAUUUAAAAAAUAAGUAGCACCAGUUUUUUUAAAUGAAUUUGGGUAAAGAAAUUUGUAUUUCAGUAUUUGAGUGAAAUAUUAAAAUAAUAGUUAGUAGUAAGUAUUUAAGAAUAAGUUUGUAAAUCUGCAUUGUAAAAUAGUGCAGUGUUUUUACUUAAAUACUUAUAUGUAUUAAUCUUUUAAAAAUUAAAAAAAUUUCUAAUAUCCUCACAAUUCAAAAUUGAUUCUUUUUAAAUUGGACUAUUUUGUUAAACCACAUGCCAAAUUCUAAAAACAAAAGCUUUCUUAGCUGAUAAAUUAUUAAAUAAUAUAUUUUAGUUGCAACCCCAUAAGCAAUCCAUGAGUAGGAAGUAUUGUCACCAUACUGUGGUGCAUUGCCAUGCACUACAGUCUUCUCCUUUCCCUUCUUUUUCUAAUUUUCCUUUCUUAUUUUCUGUUAUAUCUCUGGCAUUUUUUAAGCUUAUAUAUGAAUAAGUAAAUGUUUCUGAUUAAAAAAAAAAUAUUUAAGUUUUCUGAUGGUACACUUUGCACCGUGAAAAUACAAAUUUAUAUCAACUUUUAAAAGAAAUCAAAUUGAUUAUAAGGCCUGUCAUUAUUUGUUAUAACGUUAAUUUAGGCUUUUUUAAAAUUUUUUAUUAAUAAUAUUUAAGUUAUGGAGAUUAUAAUCUGUGAAUGUUUUCAGUUUACAUCUGUUAAAUUAAUCAAAAGUUGAUUUUGUUAUUGCAGAAAAUAUUAUGUUAGGAAAGUCACUUUAGCAAAUGUCACAUUUCAGUGAUGCAUGCAGGAUUAUGCUCAUUUCUAUGAAUACGAACUGUCUCAAAUUAACUAUUGCCCUUCUUCAUGCAUACAUGAAAAUACUUGUAACAUAAUCUUAAGUAAUUAUUUGUUUUACAUUAAGAACCUUUUUUUAUUUAAUUGUCAUACAUCAUUCCAUCCAUCAAUUAUAGCAUAUUUUUAUAUCAUAAAGAGAUAGAUUGAAUAUGUUUAUGAGAAAUGCAUUACAGGUAUAAUAUAGACGUAGUAUUUUGAGACACUUAUCUGAAAUUUAUUUUUUAAAGCAUGUAAAUAAGUCUUGUUUCAUAAAUGUUUAUUGCUGGUGUAUAUAAUCUGUUUAAGGGCAAUUUAAAUUAUAUAUUGUACAUGAACUAUGUGUGAAGAAUUCAGGUAUCUGAUUAAAUUCUGUAAACAAAAUUCUGUCUGAGAAACAACAGGAAAGAUAUUUUUCUGUAAGAAUAAAUUAUUUUGUAACUAAAUGUAUAUUUUAGUAGUUGGUUACAUUAAUUGUAGCAAAUACGUAUAGAGUUGCUACAAAUAAAAAACUACCUAAAAAGGAUGUUUCAUAAAAAAGUCUGCAAUCAAAGUACAUGAGUUUGAGAAUUUCUGUUUUAUUAUUAAAAAUAUUAAUAAAAUUUUUCUUAGUAAAUCAAAUGUAAUUUAUGAAAUCUUUGAAAAUUGAUAAAUUGUAUAUAUAUAUAUAUAUAUAUAUUACAUACACAUAUACAUACAUAUUAUGACAGAUAGGUAGAUAAUGUAUAUGCAAGUUCAGUUUGUAUAAUAGAAAGUAUUCCAUAGGUUUAUUUUGUGGUUAAUAGUGUCAUUGUUGAUGGGAAAUGUGUUCUAAAUAGCAGAGAAGUUUUGCAGUAUAUACAUAAUGUAUAUGAGAGGUAUUUAUGAGGAAUGUAGCUCAUUGGAAAUGUAUUCUAAUGCUAGAAACUAUUCCUAUGGCUAUAUUAUAGGUGAGAGUAAAUUUAUUUUUAAGUAUCAUAACUAAAAAGCAAAUAUUCUUUAUAUUUUCCAGUCACUUUUCUCAGCAAAACUGCUUAAUAAAAAAAAAAAAAAAAAAUAUGUGGUGCUUGUAGCUUCAGUUUCAUUCCUCACGACAUCAUAAAUGAAUUUCAUAAUAAUAUCUCACUAUUAAACAUCAUUAUAUUUCACUUGUCACUACCAAUUUCACUUUGUAAAGUCUUUGUUUACUCUAUCUGUUAAGCCUGAAUUGAGUGUAUUUUAGUAAUUUUUAAAAUAAAAUCUAUGAAAUCCAAAAACAUUUUUAGUAUAAGUAUACCCUACUAUAUUUCACAUUGUUAAUUACUUUCUUGCAUUGUUAGUGAGUAUUUUGGCACAUGGGGGCUAUUUAAUCCAUAAAUGCAGAUUUUUUACAUAUGCUAUUAAUUAACCAUUCGUAAUAUUGUACUGAGAAUAAAUAUAUACUUAUAAAAACUAAUUGUGUAUAUUGUAAUAAAUAAGGUUCAAUAAAGGAUUUUAUAUCAAAUAUGUAUUCUAAAUGUAAAAAUUAAAUUACUUUAUUCUGCUUUUUUGUAUCUUUUUUAUUUUAUAGCAUUUUGAAAAUUUCCAAUAAAUACAUGUUAAAUUAAAUGUUAAUAAUUUAUUAUAAUCUAUGUUGAGUGGCAUUUAUAUUAAAGUGAAUGCUCAUGGAUUCUGAAAAUUUGGACAGUUUAGAAAAAGGGAAGUUUUGGAAUUAAUGCCAUUAUUCCAUAUUUAUAGUAUAAUCGUUUUCAAAUUUAAUUGUAUAAAUUAUAUAUAAAUUUCUAUGCAAAUUAAUUAGAAGUAAACUAAGCUCGAAUUCAAAUAUGCAAGAUUUAUUAUAUCCAUAAUUCUAUGUGGCAUAGAAUGUUUAGAAGUUUUAAUACAAUAUAGAACAUGAUGUGGAAUGUUUUAAUACAGAACAGAAUGUUAUACAGAACCUUUUAAUACAGAUGUUACAGAUUUUGUAUUUAUUUAGCUAUUUUUAAUAAAAUUUGUAAUUAAAA